AUGAUCUCGACAAGAUGUCUUCGUCUACACAAAGACUGCUUUUUCCGACCGAUCAAGUCUCGCAAUAACACCAAGAAGAAGGCGACACGAAUAGGGCUGCUGGAAGACAAAGUCGAUCAGAUACUGGGUCAAUUAAACUCCACAUCUCAGCCAAAGCCUCAAAACGCGCCACCGACGCCGAAGAGCUGCGAGAGUAGCCCACAUCCGUGCGAUGUGAUUGGCAACGGAUUUAUUAGCGAAGACGAGGCAGCUUUCCUGCUCAAUAGUUUCCGAGACAUGAUCCCAUGUUUCCCAUUUGUGCAAUUAUCAAAAGACACAACUAUCAAAGACCUCAGAUCGGAGAAGCCGUUUUUACUACUUUCGAUCCUAUUGGUGUCCUCGUUUCAGGAUGUGCCUUUGCACAUGGCCCUCGAGGAGAUUUCCAAGAACUACCUCGGGGCUCACGUUCUCCAAGGAAAUCAUCCACAGCCCCUCGACACGGUACAGGGGAUAUUGAUUAUUUUAGCAGGAACUAAGCAAAAAUCUCACCUCAUGCGAUUCUCAAAAUAUCUUCAUCUUGCACAUGCUAUCAUCAAUUGCUGCAAAUUUGAUCGCUCGACAAAAAUACGAAUGAUGAGACAACGGCUUGAUGUCAUGCUGGACGAGGCCGGUCCGGCCGAAACCUCGGCCAUACAGAGGGAGGAAAGACGAGCGUUGAUUGGGUUCUAUCUACUUGAUGCAACCUCUUCCUUGGUGAUGCAAAAGGCAGGGACAAUGCCCUGGUCACCUUUCUUAGAGUCAUGUGCUCUGAAGUUGUCGCAGGAAUGCGAGUAUCCCACAGACCGUCAUUUAAUAAACUAUGUUCAGCUGCAACACAUGCUUGGGAGAAUUGAUGCUUUGGUUAUAAGAGAGGAGCAAGUCCCACCAUUAGAGGUCAAUGGUAUCAUUCGCUCGCUCCUAGCCGAUUUUGAAGAAUACAAAUCCCAGCUUCCUUUCCCUGUCGACAGUGAUGUGCUCGCGGCCCUACAAGUUCGUGCAUUCAGGGUCCAUAUUUAUCAAUCGGCUGUUUUCGACUUCUACCCACCUUUUCACAAUAUUACCGAUCAGUCUCUGGCUUUGCCUCGAAUCGAAGCUCUUUGCCAUGGUCUCUCAGCUGCCAAAGACUUCAUCACAUUUUAUUUCAGCCUUCCACUCGGCAUCGAAAAGAGCUACAGUUACCUCCAUUGGGUAAAUGCCGGAUUCAUCAUCGCAGCUUCAUGCAAACUGGCUAUCGCAUCUCUUGAACCUUCCGUCCGACAUAAUCCCCAAGUCAAAGAGCUCCGAGAGUCACUAGACUAUCCCCGUGAGCUUUCAAACCUUACCCAGCGCAUGUAUGCUGUCGAUAGAGAGUGCAAAGGGAGCAGCGGGGAUCAGCACGAGACGUUUUUCUAUCAAGAGUGGCUGCGACACCUCGGCGAGUGGUUUGCAGGAAAGUAUCGAUUGGCGGAGCUAGACAGCUCCGAGAUCAAUGAUGGCGGACUGGCGAUUUCUGCAAGCGGUGUCGCUGACAAUGGUCUCUAUGGAGAUCCUCCGCAGGACACCGAUUUCCCUUGGGCAGAUCUUCAGGAUGUCACAGUCGAGGAGUUGUUGAAUGCUUGGCUGGGGCCGAUGGCUAUGCCUAAUUUUAAUCCCUUUAUGUAG